AUCAAAAAUCCAAUAUAUCGUGCUCGUCUGCUUUAAGUGCUUACAUUGUUUUUUGAUUGUUGCACGUGUUUUAUGUUUUGUAAGACAUGACAUUUCCUUUGGUGACAUUUCCUUGGGUAGAUAGAGAAGAAUUCAGAAAUGUGUAUAAAGAACUGUACAGCCAUGAUAUCUUUCUCCAACAACACGCAGUUGACAGAAUAGCCGCAUGGGAAGCUCGUUCACUAAGUAGAUUGCCAAUAGCAGUGGAGAGCACCGCAGCUUUCAUUAAAGCUAACAUAGCAUAUGUAUCAACCUCUCAACCGGUUGGGAACGACCAAAGGCUGAGGGAAAUCUACAGCAUGGCGGUCAUCCGGUUUGUUAAUUUAUUCACCGAGAGAAAUCAGCAAAAACCGCAUGCAUUGCCAGUGCAUUUGGCAGCGUCCUAUCUUGGUGUGCCAAAUUGGAUCGUCGACUUGAGACAUGAGUCCACGCAUGCAGCCCUGCCAUCGUUGACUGAAUUUCGUGCUGCAGCUGCAUGGUGCCUCGAAUGGUUGAAAAGUCAGUUCUGGGAUGUCCAGUCCAUUGAAACAUUCCGAGUUGAAGAACAGAAAACGAAGCUUGCAGAAAGCCUGAGGGAUGCUCUUGUUACAUUCAUGCAGAGGAAAUUUCAAGAUCUCACGAAUGACUCGUCAACAAUUUCAAAGACACUGGUGUCAAAAAUUGAUGAUAUCAUAUCAGAACUAGGUGUCAGUUGUUUUGCUGUAUUGUUAGAAGAUGGGUACAUGGUCUUCACAGACGAGCAGCUGUCGAGCAUCGAUAUUGACCAGGAAGAUGUCUAUGAAACAGUUUCCCCUCAUCAAAACUGUUUACCAAAGAUUGUCAUUGAUUUCUGGAAACCAAUUUUACUUAUUCUACAGAGAUGUAAUCUUAUAGCAGACUUUCUGUUGAACAUUUCGUUUUUAUUGAGUCUCAAUAAUUCAAGACGAACAAUAUUUCUCAGCAAAUGGUUCUACACAAUCUUGUUUUUGAGUAAUGCAUCGGCUAGCAAAAAGGUAGACACUUUUAAAUUAACUGCUGAUCUUCCAUACAGAACGCUGCUGAACCACUGUUUGUUAAUUGACUUCCCUCUGGCAGCUCCCUGCAUUCAAGUUCUUUUUAAAUGCUUGAAAAUGAACAAAGAUCAGGUGUCUGCCCUUUCUAAGCUUCAAGCUUUGAGGGAUGUUGAUGAAGAAUUACCAGUAGCAAACAUCAAUGAUGUUCAAAUCCAUAAUGUAGAAGAAUUGAGACAAUGCGUUUAUCAAGCCCAAAAUAAAUGGAAAAAAGUACAGAAAAUCACGGACUGGUCCAGAAUCCCUUUCGGUUGUCUUCCAGAUCAUGAAUUGACUUACACAUCCCUAGAGCUUCACAAGGACAGUGUGAAAGAGAUUACAGGACCCGCAGAUGAUGAUAUUUACCUCGAAAGUGACUCAGAUAUAGGGUGUGAGAAUGACACAUUUGAAAUGGACACCAUUGAUGUACUUCCUUCUGAAUUCAGUCCUAAAUGGGACAAACCAGUUGCUAUCAUUGCUGAAGACAUUGAACUCUAUUAAUACAUGUAAUAAAGCUUUUAUAGAAAAUGAUUUAAGUUAAACAUUGUGGUACUUGAUUCCAAAAUAUGUAGAAUUAAACUUUUAAGAUAAUUAAUUCUUUAACAAACUAUGAGUCUAUGAUAUUUUUUCAGAUUUGAAUUGUUAUUGUGCGAAGACUGUUAAGAUACUAUUAAGUUUAUAAUUUAACAUGUAUUGAUUGUUUUUAACUUUAAUUAUAAUAUUAUAAACCUGCAACUUGAGCAACUCCGCUUAAACUUGUUCAAACAUGAUUAUUGCAGAAUAUUUAAUAUUUAUGCCUUCCUGCAAAGAAGGCGGCAUAUAGUAGUGGCACUGUCCAUUUGUGCAUCGGGCUGUCCCUCCCAAAAUAUUCAGUCUCCGCUAUAACAUUUCCACAUUGAUAAAUAAAUGGAUUUUUAAGUAGCUUAGUGCUAAUGUAAACCAUCAUAACAUGAUGUGAUGCGUGUUACAACUGCCUCCCUACCUUAAAGGUCAAGGUAACACUUAUAACAUAAAAUUUGGCCAUAAAAUGGCAUAAAAAUUCUUUUCUCAACCAUAAUUGCCAUAAAUUAAUGGAUUUUAAGAUGACAGACAAAAAUGUACAAUGAUACUUUUGCCAUAGAACAGCGUGUCGUGACUGUACCUUUGUUUUUCAUCAUGCAUCUUCAAAAUACUUUGGAACGCAUUACCGCAAUGAGGCAAAAUUAGGUUGUGUAGCCCAACUCCCUAAUCAAAGGCCAAAGUCACACUUUCAUUUUUUUUGUCAAAUUUUGCUAUAAAACAGCUUGUAUAACAUAACAUUGUCUCAGGAAUGGGGAAUCCCUCUUGUUAAGGUGGCAUGUGUAAAAUUAAAUACAAAAGGCAUCUAAAUAGCACAAAAUAUUUGUUUCGAUCAUUAUUAAUUGUUAUUUAUCAAAAUAAAUCUCUAAAUAAAUUUUGCAUUGUAAUUUUUUAUUGGUUGCCUUGUGAUUUUUAAGCGGUUGCCUUGUUAUUGUUUAUUGGUCAAAAGACAAUCAUUUCUGUGUAUCCAAGCUCGAUAUUAUUGUUAUACGCUCGUUUUUCAAAACGGGACGUAUUAUAGUUUCACACUUGGCAGGCGGUCGGUAUCCACAGCAGUUUCCGCUCUCUAUUUCAAAUUGUUUACAUCUGAUCUUCAGCAAACUUGGUCAGAAGUUGUAUCUAGACAAUAUCUAGGUCAAGUUCGAAUAUGGGUCAUGCCACGUCAAAAACUAGGUCACUGGGUCACUUAGUGCAUUUUAAGGAUUAAGCAUGGUUUCCGCUCUCUAACUGAAGAAGUUUUCAUCCGAUCUUCACCAAAUUUGGUCAGAAGUUGUAUCUAGACAAUAUCUAGGUCAAGUUCGAAUAUGGGUCAUGCCGGGUCAAAAACUAGGUCACGGGGUAACUAAGUGCAUUUCAAGGAUUUAGCAUGGUGUCUGCUCUCUACGUAAUUGAAGUAGUUUUCAGCUGAUCUUCACCAAACUUGGUCAGAAGUACGAAUAUGGGUCAUGCCAGGUCAAAAACUAGGUCACGGGGUCACUUAGUGCAUUUCAAGGAUUAAGCAUGGUUUCCGCUCUCUAACUGAUAAAGUUUCAUCCGAUCUUCACCAAAUUUGGUGAGAAGUUGUGUCUAAAUGAUAUCUUGUUCAAGUUCAAUAUGGGUCAUGCAGAGUCAAAAACUAGGUAACAAGGUUACUUAGUGCAUUUCAAGCAUUAAGCAUGGUGUCCGCUCUCUUAAUUGAAGUAGUUUUUAUCCGAUCUACACCAAAUUUGGUCAGAAGUUGUGUGAACAUGAUAUUUAGGUCAAGGUCAAAUAUGGGUCAUGCAGGGUCAAAAACUAGGUCAUCAGGUCACUUAGUGCAUUUCAAGCAUUAAGCAUGGUGUCCGCUCUCUAAUUGAAGUAGUUUUCCUCUGAUCUUCACCAAAUUUGGUCAGCAGAUGAUGUCCAAAACCUUCAAACCGGCGUAUCUUGUGGCAGUUUGGCACACUUGUUUAUUAACUGUGAACAAUGCAUGAAGCCUAUUUUUACCGAAAAUUGUUAUCCAUUUAGAUAUUAAGCUCAACUCUAUACUGAAAAGUCGAAGCUAUACUACUCGCCCAAAUGUCUGGGUAGUCAUUCGAGUAUUUCUUUGGUUAAGGUAAAUUUUACAUAUUUUCUGGGUUUUUUUACUACAAGCAUUCAAUUGAAAUUUUACUUAAUUGUUUUAUUAUGCCCCCAUUACCAUUGGUAAUGGGGGCUAUAUACGAGUCACUUGUUAGUCGGCCUGUCUGUCCCGAAAAUGUCAUCCAAUCUUCACCAAACUUGGUCAGAAGUUGUAUCUAGAUGAUGUCUAGGUAAAGUUUGAAUAUGGGCCAUGCCGAGUCAAAAACUAGAUCAAGGGGUCACUUAGUGCGUUUUAAACCGAAAGUUUGUACGGACCACAACUAUGUCAUUUAUCGUUGGAUUUUAAAAUUACUUGGUACAUUUGUUCACCAUCAUGGGACGGUGUAUCAUGCGAAAGAAGUAUGUCGAUAUCCCCAAGAUUAAGGUCACACCUCGAGGUGCCCAUAAAUGAGCUUGUCCGGGCCUUAACUAUGUCGUUCAUUGUGAGAUUUUAAAAUUAUUUUGCACAUUUGUUCACCUUCAUUGGACGGUGUGUCAUGCGAAAGAAUUACUACGAUAUCUCCAAGGUCAAGGUCACACCUUGAGUUCAAAGGUCAAAAAAGGCCAUAAAUUAGCUUGUCCGGGCCAGAACUAUGUCGUUCAUUGUGAGAUUUUAAAAUCAUUUGGCACAUUUGUUAACAAUCAUUGGGCGGUGUGUCAUGCGCAGGAAUUAAGUCGAUAUCUGCAACAUCAAGGUCACACUUUUAGUUCAAAGGUCAAAAAUGGCCAUAAAUAAUCUUGUCUGGGCCAUAACUUUGUCAUUCAAUGUGAGAUUUAAAAUUACUUGGUACAUUUGUUCACACUCAUUGGACUGUGUGUUAUGCGAAACAAUUGCGUCGAUAUCUCCAAGGUCAAGGUCACACUUGGAGUUCAAAAGUAAAAAAUGGCCAUAAAUGAGCUUGUCUGGGCCAUAAUUAUAUCAUUCAUUGUGAGAUUUUUAAAUGACUGUACAUUAAUUUUGUUCACAGUUAUUGGAAGGCAUGUCAUGGGAAAGAAUUCAAGAGUUCAAAGGUCAAAAUGGCCAUAAAUAAUAAUGGCAUAAUGAUUCUUAAAAAUCGCCAUAAAUUAGCUUCUCUUGUUUUGUGAAGACAGCAUGCAAAAUAGUCUGUGUCAAUGCAGCAUGUGGGGUAUACGUCACGUCUGUGACAAAGCUCUAGUUCGUGAGAGGUCACCGACCAAGUAUAUAAAUCUUACCUGCAAUUUCUGUACGUUGGAAAAAGGUUAUUGUUCAGAUUCAAUAUUCCCAUAUCAAUACAUUUGAAACUUCACACAUGUUUUUGGUCAUAGUGUGAGUUAACUGACCAAGAUCCAUAAAUCUUGCUGGCAAUUUGUGUGCCACAAUUCCAUAUCUCUAUAUUUAGUACACAUAUUGAAAUAAAACUUAACAUUA